ACGCCUUCACGCUGGUGAGCGGGGAGAGGGGAGUGGCUCGCUAGUGAGAACGACUGCUCCGGGCCAAAGGCUGUCGCCAUGGAAGAGUAUGCUCGCGAACCUUGCCCAUGGCGAAUUGUAGAUGAUUGCGGUGGAGCCUUCACUAUGGGUGUCAUUGGUGGUGGAGUCUUCCAGGCUAUCAAGGGCUUUCGCAACGCCCCUGUUGGAGUUCCACACCGGUUCAGAGGUAGUGUCAAUGCUGUAAGGAUCCGGGCACCCCAGAUUGGAGGUAGCUUUGCAGUGUGGGGAGGACUGUUUUCUACCAUUGACUGUGGCCUUGUACAGCUUCGGGGCAAGGAAGACCCCUGGAACUCCAUCACUAGUGGAGCACUGACUGGAGCUGUGCUGGCCGCACGCAGUGGUCCGCUGGCCAUGGUGGGCUCUGCAAUGAUGGGGGGCAUCCUGUUGGCCCUCAUUGAAGGUGUCGGCAUCCUUCUCACUCGCUAUACUGCUCAGCAGUUCCGCAAUGCACCCCCAUUCUUGGAUGACCCUAACCAGCUAACACCUAAAGAGGGAGCUUCAGCUGCAAGUUAUCCCAACUACCAGCAGUACCACUAAGGAAGCCGCUGCCUGCCCCUGCCACUGUGGGAGCUGCUCCAAAGUUCCCUUCUGGAUGAUCUACCUCCAAGGGAGGACUGGCUCCUACAUAGUGCUGAGACCUUCAGAGAGGGGCUCUACUCUACUCCCUUGUUCUGUGGUAGGGGUGGGGGCACCCCAGCAGCUUUGUCACACAGGUCCCCCCCUUUGUUUUUUGUGUCUCAGGGUACCUCAGCCUCACCCAUGUAACAGUGUCUUACCCCAGAUCCUUCAUGUGGCACCCUGAUGAAUGUUUAAAGCCAGUUUUGAAACGCC